CGCUCUCGCGGCCGCCUCUCCCCCUCCCUUCCCCCUCUCUGCUGUCAAAACGCCCUUCUCUGGAGUCUGGGCUGGGCUGGGGGGAGUCAUUCCUAAGGAACCAGAAAAUGCCACGGGAGGACGGAGUGGCAACUGACAGUGGCAACGAACCAGCUUUCUCCGGCUCCUGCUCUUAGAGGAGGGGUCCAGCGACUCGGCGUGGGACAGCCAUGAAGUUCAGGGCGGUGGCUGUUGGCAGUGGUGGAGUGCAGCUAGCCAUGGAGAGCGCUCUGACGGCCCGGGAUCGGGUGGGAGUCCAGGACUUCGUCCUCCUCGAAAAUUUCACCAGUGAAGCGGCUUUUAUUGAAAACCUGCGGAAACGGUUCAAGGAAAACCUGAUCUAUACCUACAUUGGCUCUGUCCUGGUCUCGAUUAAUCCGUACAAGGACCUGGAAAUCUACAGCAAGCAGCACAUGGACCGCUACCGUGGCGUCAGCUUCUAUGAAGUCUCUCCUCAUCUCUAUGCCAUCGCUGACAAUGCGUAUCGCUCUCUGCGCACGGAGAGGAAGGACCAGUGCAUCCUGAUAUCUGGGGAGAGCGGGGCCGGCAAGACCGAAGCCACCAAGAAGGUCCUGCAGUACUACGCUGUGACGUGCCCAGCCAGUGACCAGGUGGAAACUGUGAAAGACCGGCUCCUACAGUGCAACCCAGUCCUUGAGUCAUUUGGGAAUGCCAAAACCCUGCGCAACGACAAUUCCAGCCGGUUUGGGAAAUACAUGGAUGUCCAGUUUGAUUACAAGGGAGCUCCAAUUGGGGGCCACAUCUUGAACUACCUUCUGGAGAAGUCCCGCGUCGUGCACCAGAAUCACGGAGAGAGGAAUUUCCAUAUAUUUUAUCAGCUGCUGGAGGGAGGGGAGGAAGAACUGCUCAGGAGGCUGGGGCUGGAGAAGAGCCCUCACCAGUACCAAUUCUUAGUGAAGGGCCAGUGUGCAAAAGUCAGCUCCAUCAACGACAAGAACGACUGGAAAGUGGUGCACAAGGCCCUGUCGGUCAUCAACUUCAAUGAGAAUGAGGUGGAGAACUUGCUGAGCAUCGUCGCCAGCGUGCUGCAUUUGGGCAACGUGCAGUUUUCAGCCGACGAACAGAGUAACGCUCAAGUGGUCACGGAAAACCAGAUCAAAUACCUGGCCAGGCUCCUGGGCGUUGAAGGCGCUCUACUCCGUGAAGCUCUUACCCACAAGAAGAUCAUAGCAAAGGGGGAAGAGCUGGUCAGCCCCCUCAACCUGGAGCAGGCCGCCUAUGCCCGAGACGCUCUUGCCAAGGCUGUGUACGGGCGCACGUUCUCCUGGCUUGUGAACAAGAUUAACAAGUCGCUCGCGUACAAGCAGGAGACAGAAAAUCCAGGCUGGAGACGAAGCUCCUCCGUCCUUGGGCUGCUGGACAUCUACGGAUUUGAGGUGUUCCAACACAAUAGCUUUGAGCAGUUCUGCAUCAAUUACUGCAAUGAGAAAUUGCAGCAGCUCUUCAUCGAACUCACCCUGAAGUCUGAGCAAGAGGAGUAUGAGGCCGAGGGCAUCGCGUGGGAGCCGGUCCAGUAUUUUAACAACAAAAUCAUCUGCGACUUGGUGGAGGAGAAAUUCAAAGGCAUCAUUUCAAUCCUGGACGAGGAGUGUCUGAGACCAGGAGAAGCCACAGACAUGACCUUCUUGGAGAAGCUGGAGGAGACGAUCAAAAACCACCCUCACUUCCUCACGCACAAGCUGGCCGAUGCAAAGACCCGGAAGUCUUUGGGCCGGGAAGAAUUCCGUCUCCUACAUUACGCUGGGGAGGUCACCUACAGUGUCUCAGGUUUCCUGGAUAAGAACAACGAUCUUCUUUUCAGAAACCUGAAGGAGGCCAUGUGCAACUCUGAGAAUCCCAUAAUCAACCAGUGCUUUGAGAGGACGGAGCUGACAGACAAGAAGAGGCCAGAGACGGCAGUGACUCAGUUUAAGAACAGCCUCUCCAAGCUGAUGGAAAUCCUGAUGUCCAAGGAGCCCUCUUACAUUCGCUGCAUUAAGCCUAAUGAUGCCAAACAGGCCGCCCGUUUUGAUGAAGUUUUGAUCCGACAUCAAGUCAAAUAUUUGGGUUUGAUGGAGAACUUGAGGGUGCGAAGGGCCGGCUUUGCUUAUCGGCGGAAGUAUGAAGUCUUCCUCCAAAGGUACAAAUCUCUGUGUCCGGAGACAUGGCCCGCCUGGGACGGAAGGCCACAUGAUGGGGUGGCCGUGCUCUUGAAACAUCUGGGUUAUAAGCCGGAGGAGUUUAAGAUGGGCAGGACAAAAAUCUUUAUCCGUUUCCCUAAGACGUUGUUUGCCACAGAAGAUGCCCUGGAAAUCCGGAAGCAGAGCCUAGCCACGAAAAUCCAGGCAAACUGGAGAGGCUUCCAUCAGCGUCAGAAAUUCCAGCAGAUGAAGAAUUCAGCCAUCAGUAUUCAGUCUUGGUGGCGUGGGACCCUGGGACGGCGCAAGGCUGCCAAGAGGAAACGGGCUGUGGAGACCAUUCGACGAUUCAUCAAGGGCUUCAUUUACCGGAACUGUCCUAGCUGUCCCGAGAACGAGUACUUCCUUGAGUACAUCCGCUACUCCUUCCUGAUGACCCUGAAGCGCAACCUACCAAAGAAUGUCCUGGACAAGUCUUGGCCAACACCCCCGCCGUCACUGCAAGAGGCCUCUCAGCUGCUGAGGGAACUCUGCAUGCAGAACAUGGUCUGGAGUUAUUGCAAGAGAAUCAGCCCAGAGUGGAAGCUCCAGCUGGAGCAGAAAGUGGUGGCCAGCGAGAUCUUUAAGGAUAAAAAAGACAAUUAUCCUCAAAGUGUUCCCAGGCUAUUCCUUAACACCCGCCUUGGCAGUGAAGAUAUAAAUGCCAAAGUGCUUCAGGUGCUGGGGAGCGAAGCGCUGAAGUACGCAGUUCCUGUGAUCAAAUAUGACCGGAAAGGCUACAAGGCCAGACCUCGGCAGCUGCUGCUCUCCCAGAAUGCAGUUGUGCUAAUCGAAGAGUCCAAAAUCAAGCAGCGGAUUGACUAUGCCAACCUGACGGGUAUCUCACUCAGCAGCCUGAGCGACAACCUGUUCGUUCUUCACGUGGUCCGGGAGGAUAACAAGCAGAAGGGAGAUGUCGUUCUGCAGAGCGAUUUUGUGAUUGAGACUCUGACCAAGAUAGCCAUUUGUGCCGAUAAAGUGAACAACGUGAACAUCAACCAGGGCAGCAUAAAGUUCAUUGUUGGACAAGGCAAAGAAGGCAUCAUAGAUUUCACAUCUGGAUCUGAACUAAUCAUAGCCAAAGCCAAGAACGGCCAUCUUGCUGUGGUGGCUCCUCGUUUGAACUCUCGAUGACGAAAGCUGUGCCCGUUUGCAAGGACUUCCCUCUGACUACUUCCUGUAUCUUUGGCUGGACCUUUUCCCUGCCACCCUUUCAGGAGGAGGUGUGGGGCUGCUUUAUUGAAAUCCUUCAUCGCUACCAAAGACCUGCGCAUCCAAAGAACCCGCCUUUUAAUCAUAUCCUUGGUUUACAUCCUCCCAGGCAAAAGCCGCCCUUCUCCCUUGUAGCACACGUUGCCUGCGUGGCCCCGUCAGCGCCUGAUGCACAACAGCCAGCGAGAGAGGGGGGAUCGGCAAAAUUGCAUCGGCUGAUUUAGCAAAAUGCCAAACUUUGUACUACGAAAGAUUCUGUGAAGAAUUUUUAUUUCCUUUUUAAGAUUUUUGAUGCUUUGUAUGAAAAUACUAAAAGCCAUAAUGUAUAAAGGAGUACGUUUUUGUAAAUAUACCCACUUAGCUCACGGCGUGGGGUGUUUGCACUACAAAGAACGUUCUUUUUGAUUGGAAGGUUUGUGGCUCUCUCGUCUUUGCUGCCUUUCCUAGGCUCAGGGGGGCUUUGCCAGUGGCACGGUCUCCGUCUCGGCUUCUUUUCCACACCUCAAGUGCUGCUUGCUGGAAUGGCUUGGCUAUACCUGCACUCUGGAAUCUCUCCCUAGAGCAAAGGACUAGUUCAAGGGUCCCCAGAGUGGCACCUGAGGGCAUCAUAAUGCCCUCCCUGGCGCCCAUCGAGUUUUUCAGACAGUAAGGCUGGGCUUAUCAGCUGCUCACACUCAAAUGAAAAGUUUUUGCGCGGUUGCAGCAGCAGGUCACUGGAAGAUUGGAUGAAUUAGCACACGCCUUCAUCGGUGUGUGGUCCCAGUACCCCUUUGGGUUCACCUUUCUGUUCCCUUCUUUCUUUGACCUUCCAGGACCGUUGUUUCUUUUUCAUUCCCUUCUGUGAUUGGCUCAGGGCGUGAAGGGGGAGGUAUUGCAUUUGACGCCAAUUCCUUGUAGCAGCCAUUGAAGGCUUGUCUCUGCCUCCCGCAAGCCACGUUCAAUAUCCUCAAUUCCUAAGGUGCCCCCUGGCUUGAAAACUUUGGGAACCCCCAGCGUAAUUCUUUCCGACGAGAUGCCCUUGCUUGAAUCUCAUGCUCAACUGACUUCAGAAAUGCCUUUUCGAAAUGCCACUCCACAUAGGCAGGGUUUGGCUGCUUCUGGUGGAGCCCCGCUUUCCAGAGUCACAAGUGCUUCAGACCAUUUCUAAUUUUUGUUAAGCAACGUUAUGGCUGCCACAACACUAAUCUCCAUUCUGGACGACAGAAGUCAUUCACCGUUCCCCCCCCCUUAUUUACUAGCACUUUUAUGUUAAAUAGUCCUUUCAGCACAUCUGGCCGACACACACAGUGUCAAUAACUGAGCCGAGGUGUUGCCUUUUUAAUCAUUUAUCUGUGCUUGAUGCAUUCUAAUUUUUUUAAUGGGACAGAUUUUAGCCAGAGAAGUAAUGAGGCUAGGCUGCCAAAACCCAUUGAGACAAUGAAGGGUUGGUGUUUUUUCCCCCCUCAGCUGUCCCCUCCAUGUUUAGCCAUCCUUUGUGGGCAGGAGGAACACCUUUGGUACAGAAGCCAGGAGCGUCUUCUGUGGUCCCACCUGUAAGCAGUUUCUCCAAGGUGGGCAGAGUUGUAUUACUGGCUAGCAAGCUUGUGCAUGGUGUUAUCUUUUAUGUUUCUCUGUUGAAGCCCUUAAUGGUGCGAGUGGGCUCCAGAGGCCCAGUGGGUUUUCUUUUCCUGUUUGGGGAUAAAUGCUGGUUAUGGUGUCGUGUAUAUAAAGAUAUAAUGCUCUAUGCACUGUGCUAGGUAAAUCAAGAUUAUACUUGCCAAAUAAAUUUUUACUAAAAA